AAUAAACGUCUUCCAUCUCCAACAACUGUUACCGAGGUGUCAAUGUCUCCCAAAAUGAAGCUCCGAGAUUAGUUCCUCGUGUAUUUCGGUGGAGAAUCCACUAAGUCUCUGAGUCAUCCUUCCUUAACUUUCCCUUCCGGAUUGUCCCUGUUUUCCUCUAAUGUGGCCAGACGGAAUGUAAACAAAGGCGAACCUCGACUCGGACUCUAUUUUUAAUUCCUUUGAAAACCGUUUGGAUUGGAUACUCCAAAGAUCACUUGAAGACACUUGAGACAACCGCAUGGGGGGGUGUUGCUCAUUGCCGGAGGUCGAUGGGGGUGGGUGUUGGGGUGUCACUUCGGGACCCCUCCACCCUCCCACCACCCAGUAGUGUAACACGAAGCUUUACGAGCUGCCGUCAUCACAUGGCACAUGGAAAUUUCCACUCCGUCUCCUUGCUUGUUAAAUGGGAAGGGUCUCCAUCUCUUCUUUCCAAUAGUCCUCCUCCUCCUCCUGCUGCUUGCCGCUUCUUACAAUUGCCGUCCACUCACACUUGGGUCAUAUUAGGGUUAAAAAAAUUAAUAAAAAAGCAGUUAAGCGGGGGUUAAAGGAGCACAUUGCUAUCUUGUGACCGCUGAGACUGUCAAGCGAGCAUUGGAAAAAGUCACCCCGCCGUGAACCAUAAUGCCGGGAAUCGUGGAUCGCAUGGAGCUGAGGAAAGUCGCCACGGAGGCCGACGACGACAGCAUGGAGAGUUUGGAUGACCGAUUCACCGAGACCAUCGAUUCCGAAAAGGCCACCAUCAACAGUCAGUUCCUGGACGACAUGGAUGAUGGCGAGAGCCAGAAGUUCCUGACGAAUGGAAUGAUGAAGAAGAAAUAUGAAGAGUACCAUGAAGAAUACCAUCCGGGCCAUACGUCCUUUGGAAUGUCCGUCUUUAACUUAAGCAACGCCAUCAUGGGCAGCGGGAUCCUGGGCCUGUCGUACGCCAUGGCCAACACGGGCAUUGUCUUGUUUACACUCCUUCUGAUAGCGGUCGCCAUCCUCUCCUUGUAUUCUGUGCAUCUGCUCCUUAUGACCGCUAAAGAAGGAGGAUCCCUUAUCUACGAAAAACUGGGAGAAAGGGCGUUUGGAUGGCCGGGAAAGAUAGCGGCGUUUGGAUCCAUCAUUAUGCAAAAUAUCGGCGCCAUGUCGAGCUACCUCUUUAUUGUGAAGUACGAGCUGCCGGAAGUGAUUCGGGCAUUCUUGGGUUUAGAAGAAAGCACCGGUGAAUGGUACCUGAACGGAAACUACCUGGUGAUAUUUGUGUCCAUUGGAAUUAUUUUCCCCUUGUCGCUGCUUAAAAACCUCGGCUACCUGGGCUACACAAGUGGUUUUUCUCUUUCCUGCAUGGUGUUCUUCCUGGGAGUGGUGAUCUACAAGAAAACUCAGCUCCCCUGCCCUCUUCCGUUCCUGGACCACCCAUCGGCCAACCUAAGCAUGAACGCCUCGCACAUGCCGGGCGUGUACGCGUUACACAACCGCUCUGAGCAGAUGGACUUCUCCCGGGCGGACAUUUCCCCGGCCGUCACGGAGAGCCACGGCGCUCACGCCUCCUCCGGCGUCCACUUCGAGGCGCACCACGACGACGAGGACAUGUGCACGCCCAAAUACUUUAUCUUCAACUCACAGACGGCGUACACUGUGCCCAUCCUGGCCUUUGCCUUUGUGUGCCACCCCGAGGUGCUGCCCAUCUACAGUGAGCUGAAAGAUCGCAGCAGGAAGAAGAUGCAGACCGUCUCCAACCUGUCCAUCUUUGCGAUGCUCGUCAUGUAUAUGAUGUCGGCGCUAUUCGGCUACCUCACCUUUUACGAAAACGUGGAGGCGGAGCUGCUUCACACCUUCACCAAGGUUUACAAGUUCGAUACCCUGCUACUGCUGGUGCGUUUGGCUGUCCUCACUGCCGUCACGCUGACUGUCCCCAUUGUGCUCUUCCCUAUCCGUUCCUCCAUCACCACUUUGCUGUUCAGCGGCCGAAGUUUCAGUUGGCCUCGCCACAUGCUCAUCGCCGCCUGCAUCUUGUUCUUCAACAACAUGCUGGUCAUCUUCGUCCCAACCAUCCGAGACAUCUUCGGUUUCAUCGGUUCCUCGGCGGCCACCAUGCUCAUCUUUAUCCUCCCCGCGGCCUUUUACCUCCGCCUGGUGAAGACGGUCCCACUUCGCUCCCCACAGAAAAUCGGGGCUGCUGUUUUCCUGGUCGUGGGAAUCGUCUUCAUGAUUGGCAGCCUGUCACUCAUAGUUCUCGACUGGAUCCACAAUCCACCGGGUUCCAGCGGGGGGCACUAAGCGCACCACCGAUGGCCUCCCUGGGGAGACGCCGCAGUCCCUUCCUCAAACAUAUUUACCACAAUAGCCGGACAUAUCAAGAUGUUCUUCAGACUUUUCAGAUGAGUUUUGCUGUAUUUUUGUUUUUUUUUUAGUUGUACA